CCCUCACUGCCCAUCUCCAUCCGUCCAUCAGGCCAUCUCUACAGCAACAGGCUUGCUUAACCAUGGCCGCCGUCUCCGUUUCGUCAAGGGUCUUUGUACUCGCCCUGGCUCUUCUGGCCGCCGUCACAUGCCGCGGCUGCCUGGCGGCGGCGCUGUCGACCAAGUACUAUGACAAGACGUGCCCCGCAGUCCAGUCCGUUGUGCGCUCCGCGAUGGCGCGGGCGGUGGCCGCGGACCCGCGCGCGGGCGCCUCCGUGCUCCGCCUCUUCUUCCACGACUGCUUCGUCAACGGCUGCGACGCCUCCGUCCUCCUAGAUGACGACGUGUCGAGUCAGUUCACGGGCGAGAAGGGCGCCAGCCCCAACCUCAACUCCCUGCGCGGCUUCGAGGUCGUGGACGCGGUCAAGGCGGCGGUGGAGGCGUCGUGCAAGGCCACCGUGUCGUGCGCGGACGUCCUCGCGCUCGCCUCCCGCGACGCCGUGGCGCUGCUGGGCGGGCCAAAGUGGAACGUGAAGCUGGGCCGCAAGGACGCGCGCACGGCGAGCCAGGCCGCGGCGAACACCAACCUGCCCGGGCCCGGGUCCAGCCUGGCCUCCCUGGUCGCCUCGUUCGCGGCCAAGGGCCUGUCGGCGCGCGACAUGACCGCGUUGUCGGGCGCGCACACUGUGGGGCGGGCGCGGUGCGUCACGUUCAGGGGACGCGUCAACGGCGGGGACGCCGACGCCGUGAACGCAACCUUCGCCGCGCAGCUGCGGCAGGCAUGCCCGGCCAGUGGCGGCGCGGACGGCAGCCUGGCGCCACUGGACGCAGAGACCCCCGAUGCGUUCGACAACGGUUACUUCCGGGAGCUGGCGCAGCGGCGUGGGCUGCUGCACUCGGAUCAGGAGCUUUUCAACGGCGGGUCGCAGGACGCGCUGGUGCGCAAGUACGCCGGCAACGGCGCCGCGUUCGCGAGCGACUUCGCCAAGGCGAUGGUGAGGAUGGGCAGCCUCGCGCCGGCGGUCGGGACGCCGCUGGAGGUCAGGCUCAACUGCCGGAGGCCCAACUAAAGAAUGCAUCAUUAGCACGUAGAUAGAGAUACAUAGAAGAUGCUGUGCACAAAGAUCACAAGAUGAUAUACACAGGAUUUGCUACUUGAUUCGUUGGUCUGUUCACGCAGUACAAAGAACGUGUAAUCAGUGAUCACGCAGAGAGAUAUACAUGUACAGGAGCAGUACAAAGAUUUCUAAUUACAAGAAGGCAAUCAACUCUUGUUCUGUUUGUA